UCCAGUUUUAUUUUACCGGUGGUGAUUAAAUCACAAAAUUAAUUUUAUUUCCGUUUUUCAAAAAAAUCGAUCAAAUUAUUAACUGAUUUGGAAGUCUUUUAAAUAUUUACAAAUUUGUAAAACUUAUAUGGCUAUUAAUAAAAACGGAUAUCAAAAUUUUAUUGGAUAACUUACCACGUAAAUUAUUAAAUUAGGCAUAAUUUUCACCAAAAUCAGAUAGUUUUUCAUUCGAAAUGCGUUUGCAUAUUGCGUUUUUGUGCUCGUUUCUAGCGUUUUGUCUAGUUGUGGCAGUCGACCAUGGAAAUUUCAAAACAUGUGAAAAAAGCAGUUUCUGCAGGCGGCUACGGGGAGUAACGCCUGGAAGUUCUCCUUAUGCUCUUGUUGCAGGAUCUCUUAACACAUAUUCAGACUCUGUUGUAGCGGAUUUGAUAAAUAAAGAAACAAACCAUUUGUUUACUUUUAAAUUGGAGGCUAUUAAGAGUAACACUUUUCGUUUACUAAUUGAUGAAAAGACUCCUCUUAAACCUCGCUAUAAAGUUACUGAUGCCUUGAAAGGAAACCCGUUGCCUGAUGUAAUUAAAGCCAAAGAACAAAAUAAAGGUGAAUUCGUCAUUACAUCGGGACCAAAUAAAGCUAUAAUAUACGCUGAUCCUUUUCGAAUUGAUUUUUAUCAAAAUGAUGUUCUUACCGUGCAAGCUAAUGCUAAAGGGUUGAUGAGAUUUGAAGAACUAAGAAGAAAAGUGAUUCCACCACAAGUAAAUGAAAAUGAAGAGCAAGGUAAUGAAAAUGGACAACAGGAACAAUCUCAAAAUGAUGCAAAUGUCAAAGAUUUAACAAAUGAAGAUCCUGGUGCUUGGGAAGAAAACUUUAAAUCACACCAUGAUUCUAAACCAAAUGGACCAGAAGCCAUUUCUAUGGAUUUUUCAUUUCCUCAAGCAUUAAUUUUGUUUGGAAUUCCGCAACAUGCAGACUCAUUUGCCUUAAAGCAUACUGCCAAUAACGGAGAUCCGUAUCGCUUGUAUAACUUAGAUGUAUUUGAAUUUGAGCUGGAUAGCAGAAUGGCUCUUUAUGGCUCAAUUCCAGUACUUUACGGUCAUGGCCCUGAAAAAACAGCUGGAGUUUUUUGGCAGAAUUCUGCGGAAACUUGGGUUGAUAUAUACAAUUCAAAUGCAGAGAAAAAUGUUAUGUCUUCCAUAGUGAAUUUUGUUUCAAGGUCAAAACAAAAUGAUCCAUUAUCUGGACACUUUAUGUCUGAAAGUGGUAUAAUUGAUGCUUUUAUUUUACUCGGACCUUCACCUUUAGAUGCCUUUAAGCAAUAUACAGAUUUAACAGGUGUUGCAAAUUUACCACAACUUUUCGCACUGGCAUAUCAUCAGUGUAGAUGGAACUAUAAUGAUGAGCAAGAUGUUGAAACAGUUUCAGCUAAAUUUGAUGAACAUGAUAUUCCAAUGGAUACAAUGUGGCUUGAUAUAGAAUAUACUGACGGAAAAAAAUAUUUCACAUGGGAUGCACAUAAAUUUCCAAAUCCUUUGAAAAUGAUUAAAAAUUUGACUGAUUUGGGACGUCAUCUCACAAUUAUUUUAGAUCCACAUAUUAAACGAGAUGCAGGUUACUUUGUGCAUAAUGAAUGCACUGAUCGAGGUUAUUAUGUUAAAAACAAAGAUGGCAGCGACUAUGAAGGUUGGUGUUGGCCAGGUUCUGCAAGCUAUCCUGAUUACUUUAAUCCUGAAGUUCGAAAAUAUUGGGCCGAUCUUUAUCAGUUAGAGAAUUUUAAAACAGUAACUGCUGAUGUAAUGACUUGGAAUGAUAUGAAUGAGCCUUCUGUCUUUAAUGGACCUGAAGUAACAAUGCUCAAAGAUAACGUACAUUAUGGUGGAUGGGAGCACCGUAAUGUUCAUAAUCUUUAUGGUCAUAUGAACGUAAUGGGAACAUUUGAAGGUAUGCAUCGUAGAGAUCCAAACCAGAGACCUUUUAUCCUUAGUCGCUCACAUUUUGCUGGUACUCAACGUUAUGCUACAAUUUGGAUGGGGGAUAAUGCAGCUCAAUGGGGUCAUUUGGAAGCAUCAAUAAAAAUGUGUUUAGCCGAAGCAGUAGCAGGACAUUCAUUUUGUGGAGCAGAUGUUGGUGGAUUUUUUGGUAAUCCAGAUGUAGAAUUACUAGAACGUUGGUAUCAAGCUGCAGCAUUUCAACCAUUCUUUAGAUCUCAUGCGCAUAUCGACACAAAACGUAGAGAACCGUGGUUGUUCGGCGAAGCAACAAAGCAAAUAAUUCGAGAAGCCAUCAGGAAACGUUAUAGUUAUUUACCUUUGUGGUACACAAUGUUUUAUGAGCACGAAAGAUUUGGUUUGCCUGUUAUGCGUCCUCUUCUUGCCCAUUAUCCCAAAGAUGUUGACGGCUUUGCAAUUGAUUCGCAACAUUUAUUACAAGAUCGUUUAUUAGUCCGCCCGGUAAUGUCAGCGGGAGUAUCUAAAGUGGAUGUAUAUUUCCCAGUAAAAGAAAAUAAAAAGCCUGAUAUAUGGUAUGACAUCGACACAUACCAAAAGUAUGAUGUGAGUGGAUUUGUUUCUAUAGAAGUAAAUAGUAAUAAAAUUCCAGUAUUUCAACGGGGAGGAACUAUUAUUCCUAAAAAAGGACGUAUACGAAGAGCAUCAACUCUUAUGAAAAACGAUCCGUACACGUUAGUUAUUUGCCUUGAUGAAAUACAAAGUGCUAAGGGUACGUUAUAUAUUGAUGAUGAAAAGAGCUAUAAAUAUAGAGAUGGACAAUAUAACUAUAUUGAAUUUGAAUUUAAACAAAAUCUUAUAACUAAUCGUUUUAUUGAUAAACCAAAUUAUAAGACCAAAUCAUGGCUAGAAAAAAUUGUUAUUGCCGGUUUAAAAAGUAUUCCUAAAACUGCAACAAUUAAAUCUGAUCACAAAACUGAAAAUUUAGAAAUAUUAAUCGAAAAUUCAGCUGUAAUAAUACGUCGUCCUGGUGUGAGCAUGACAGAAAAUUUCGUAAUUACUUUAAAUUAAUUCAAAUAUAAGAAAAAAUUGUAGAACUUAAUUUAAAUAUAUAAUUUGUAAGAACAAAAUUCAAUUUGUGGGGAUUUUAAACAUUUAAAAAAAGCACUGUAAAUUUUAUAUUUAAAUCACAUUCAGGAAAUGUUUUUGUACCCAAUCCUCCAACAUACUUUUUAAUAGUAAUUCUGAGAUUCUAAAAGUGAAAUAAAUUUAGAUAAUUCAAAUUU